UAACGAAGAUAAUAUCGGCUAGUGCGUAUAUGAUGGUAAUAGCAUGCAAAAUAAGAAUUAUUUAUAAUUAUGAAUAGAUCUGAAUCGUUGGUAAGUUAAAAAAUAUUCUUUAUUUCUAUAUUUUUUAUUAAAAAAGCUGCCUUAGAUUUAAAAAAAUAGAAUUUUUAUCGUUUGCAUGUAUACUGCACUUAUGAGGUUAUGACUUACGUAAAGUUGUUUUUGUAACACAUGCACGAUUUUCGCGUUUUUUUAACCUAGAAUUAGGGACAAAAGUAGUCGUUUUUCGCAAAAUACUUUUGCGCCCGCUCCCCAAUUCAUUGGCAAAUCUUUUAAAUUCGCGUGAAAUUCAACAAAUGCAGUUUGAAACGCAAAAAUCAGUGCAUGCGUUACAAAAAAUAUGGUGUGCACCAAGGGCUAAGCGGGCUUUUUGGCCUCGUGUGGUUGCAGUACUCGUCUGCGGCUCGUAAACGCCCUCGCCUUGGUACACAAUAUACUAAUAUUGUACUGCAUAUUUGUAAGAUAUAUAAGAACUAUAGAAUAGAAAAGAACGACAAUACCCGGAGGAAUUGUUUUGUCCCAGAGCCCAUUGCAACAGCUGCUGCCUAAACAAUCUGCUACAUUUUAUUAUACAUUUUGUCAAGAAUCCACAAUGAAAAUGUGAAAAAAAAAUAAUUUAAGGAAGUGAAAUAAAAUGUAAAAAAUCUUGAGUGGCGAUUGCAGACUGCAGGCGUAAUAAUAUCACACUCAUCAUUACACUUCCUUGAAUUACUCCUAAUAUUAUAUUAUAUCGUAAGAAAAGGUUUGUGGUUGGUUACAUUUUCUUGCAUUUUGCUGUGUAUUACAAUUUCUUACACAAUGUGCCACUUACAGCAUAAGAUUAAUGAUUAAAAAAACAUAUUUGCUCUGUGUUAAACGAACAAAUUAUGUGUGUGUAAAAUAAAAUGAAAUGUUAUAGAAUGUCGUACUUUUACCCAAGGCGUUGCAAAAAAUAGCAUAUCGUCCUCGGGAGCCGGUGAAAUGGCGAGCCCAUAACAAGGGUUUGCCAUCCUUGCGUUCGCUUUGUACUAAAAAUGAAUUAUUGCCAAAUGUAAGCAAAAAAGUAUUGAAACGAAAUUUAACAAAGUUAUGAAAAAGUAUUAUGAAAACUUAAGUACCAGCUACUCAAUCUUUUGAUUUGAAAUCAGCUGUGAGUAUAAUUAGAUAUAGGUAUCACAGAGUUCGCUUGGAAGUCUGUUUCAUUUUUGCAUUAUACUGCACGUUUCAUUUGUAUACAUUGUACAAUUUUUAUUCCUAUAAGUGUUUGAAUCUCGCGCCCUAAUAUGCUAUUCUCCGAAACUCUCUCCUACGCAGGCGCAGAUAGGACUUGCGAAUCACUUCACUUCAUACAUAUAAGAGGAACACUGAACACUCCGCUCUUUCUGCCUACUUCGGGGACAACGCUAUAUCAUCAGUAUUAAAUCCUUUCGUUGUACAUAUAUACGUGAAAUAUUAUAUUAGCAAAGUUAUAUAUAUUUGCACAUCCAAUGUUGUAUAUUGGGGCUGUUACGAUAUGAUAGAAACUAGUUUUCAAUUCGAUCUCGCUACAAUGUGGAGUUCGGAAAGUGAAAAAGAAACGUUUCAGAAUGAAUCACUUGACAUAGAAGAUGUAAAAUCUGUUGAUACAAGUUUUCAACAAGAUCAAGAAAUAAACGAAGAUGAUAGCCUUCCCGGAAAAUCAAGAAGUAAAUAUUAUGCCGCUUACAAUAUCUUUUCAAAUUGGUUGAAAGAAAACGAGGCAACUAUAUCUGAAGAAACUAUGUUAGUCUAUUUUGAUAAAUAUAUGAAGAAAUACAAGCCCUCAAGUGUUUGGGCGCACUAUUCCAUGAUUAAAACCAUGAUUAAAGUCAGAGAAAAUAUUGACAUUAGCACCUAUAAGGUUUUACUUAACCAGUUAAAAAUUAACUCAUCAGGAUAUAGAAGUAAGAAAUCAGAAGUUUUCUCAGGAGAACAAAUAAAAAAAUUUUUAGAAGAAGCUCCUGAUGAGAUCCAUCUAGCGAAUAAGGUUGUUAUAAUAUUUGGAACCAUGGGUUAUUGUCGUGGAGAAGAGCUUACACAAAUGAAGAUGAAACAUAUUACUGAAGAGGGCCAAUUGCUUGUAGUUGAUUUGCCACCUGACAUUACAUACAAACCAAGGCAAUUUACAAUUAAUGCAGAUAUGAGUGAAAUUGUUAAAAAAUACAUGAAGCUACGUUUCCAAAAUGCUUCAACGGAUCGCUUUUUUCUAACGUAUCGCCAUGGAAAAUUAACUAAUCAGCCAAUAGGCAAAAAUAAGUUUGGUUGCAUACCUCGACAAAUAGCUACAUGGCUUAAACUAAAAAAUGCAGAUUUAUACACAGGACAUGCCCUUAGACGUACUUCUUCGAAACUACUAUCUAAUGCUGGAGGCAUUAUGAUAAAUCUGAAACAUUUGGGAGGAUGGAAAUAUCAUCGAGUCAACCAAGGUUCUGGAGACAAUUCUUUGAAUCUUAGAACACGCAUGCCAGAGGUGGAAGAAGUAUUUAUCAAAGAAGAGUUUGAGGAUGACGAAAAUGAUUCAUUCAUUAAUGCGCCAGACAUUAAUUCACUAAUAAUUGAUUAUGGUCCUAAAAAAACCAAAGAAACUGAAGAAAUUCGUUUAUCACCUUGUCUCAAAAGACAUCAAACGACUGAAAAUUUGUUUCCAUCAUCGUCUCCAAAAAGACAAAAAAUGACUGAAAAAUUCCUUCCAUCAUUAUCUCCAAAAAGACAAGAAACCAGUUGUUCCAAAGAAUCAUCAUCAAAAAAUUUUGAAGUCUGUGUGGAUUCUUAUGGUUCCAUUAAAAAUGCUGUGGAAGGUGGAGCUGAUCGCCUAGAAUUAUGCAGUGCUUUGUCGGAGGGCGGAUUAACUCCGAGUUUUGGAUUAGCUAAAUUAGCCAAGAAAAUAGCGACUAUUCCAGUCUUUGCAAUGCUGAGGAUUCGCGGUGGAAAUUUUAUAUACGAUCCGGAUGAAAUUGAUGCUAUGCUAGAAGACCUUCAGGUCCUUAAGAGCCUUGGCAUUGAUGGCUUCGUCUUUGGAGCGCUCAAAAGCUCCUCAGAACUGGAUACCGAUGCCUGCAAGCGUGUCGUCGCUGCAGCUUACCCCUUACCAGUUACGUUUCAUCGCGCCUUUGAUGAGAUGACCAACGGCCCUCUUGACACCCUCGAUACUAUUAUCGAUCUAGGCUUCAAAAGACUUCUCACGUCCGGCAGAGAAAAAUCCGCCGCGGAAGGCGUGUACCUUUUGGGCGACCUCGUAGAACGUGCUGGAGAUAGACUGGUCAUUAUGCCGGGAGCAGGAAUCACCGCAGAAAACAUUGCGUGCGUCUGUCGUGGUACCAAAGCCAAGGAAUUUCAUGGCUCGGCUAAGAGACCUACUAAAGCUAAAGAUGACGACGUCGAGGUCAAGAUCGAGAGGGACAAUGGCGUUCCGGUCACCGACGCGAUUACUGUCAGUCGGAUCAAGAAGAUUCUGAAAGAGUGUUGGGAAAGAGAGAAGCCCGUGUGAGACUUUAAUUUUAUACCGGAUUGCAGUGAAAGAGAGAGAGAGAGAGAGAGAGAGAGAGAGAGAGAGAGAGAGAGAGAGAGAGAGAGAGAGUUUUGAUAGAUUUAGUGUCUUUUUGAUGCGUGAGGUAUAAGAAAGUAAGAUUGUAUUUAUUCAGUUGAAUAACCGUAGGUAAAGGUGUCGUUGUAACUUUACUUACCACUAAACUUCAAUUUUAGACCAAUGGUGUCAUAGGUUUGAGUCAGAAUAUAAUUUAUCAAAGUGACGCAAAUGAAAUGAAAGAACUAAGAAGUCUAAUUUCAAGUCAGAAGUAUAUGUAUGAAAAUUGUUUAUAAAAAUUGAAGCUCAAAA